AUGGCGAAAGCAAAGCCUAAUUCAAAACACUCCCGAGCUGCACGGCGCGCGGCUUCCCCAAGUCUCGAUGUCGACAAAAGCUUGACUUCUCUGCCCCGGGCCGAGUCUACUGUUCUUCAGCGGGAUUCCAUCCUGACUGACCGUGCAAACUCUGGUGUGCAGAAGAAACAGUCGAAGCCCAAGCCCAAAUCAAGAGCACAACGCCAAAGGCAACAAAAGGGUAUGGACCGAGCAGAGGCGGUUAUGGACCAGCUGGAGAAUAAAGUGGCCAAGAGUGUCAGCCGAGGAAAGGUUGUCAACGCACGUAGGGCUGAAUGGGAGGACACGAAUCGCAAAGCCUCGAAGUCCAUGUUCGAUGCUCUGCAAGAAGACGAAGGCGACGACGCUGACGACGCUGACGACGCUGAUGACGCUAUGGUUGACGAUUCUGUAGCUCGCGGGUCGAGCAAGCCAGCAUCACAGCCGACAUUCGCGGCACAAAAUCAAGUGGUCGACGAGCCUGCUGGCAACGAUGAGGACGAAGAGAUUACUUGAGUCAGAGAGAUAAUGAUGGUACAAAGGAAGUAAUGGACUGGUGUCGCCAAACUAUUUCCUCGGUCUUAGUUGGUUGAUCAUUCGAUCGAUAUCGGAAACGGCCGGCCCGGAAGCUCUCGUCCGUAGGAGCUCGAGGGCAUCAACGUUCUUCGCCUUCAGGGCUUCUUCUCCGGCUUUCACAAUCAUUCCACAUUUCACCCACAUCUCAAUCCUGUCCUCGGCAGGUAGAUUUGUGCAUUUCGGAAUAAAUAGCGAAGCAAGCUUCGUGUUUCCAGCACCCAAUACUUCGUUAUAAAAAGGCUACCAUCUUGUGUGAGCGCACUUGUCCGCAUCCGUCGGGGGGUAUUUAGGAACUUUCUUACCUCCCAUCCUAUCGGAGACUUCUUAUUCUUGCCAAUUUCUUCCAGUUCGCCAAAAUCGCGCUUGGCGACCAAGGCUCUUAAUCUCAAC